AUGCAACGACGUCAUCACAAACGCCAAUGCUGCCUCUCAAGCAGCACUCCCACCCCACCACCUUUACACACACUCACACCACUAUCCACUCCCUCCACUGCGCCCGUCUCACCACCCUCCUUUCAUGCCUCCACUACCGCCGCCGCUGCUAACACCACCACCACCACAAUCACCACUACCACCGAUCCACUCACAUCCCCGCCUCACCACGCUUACUCCUCCACAAACACUAAACAUCUCGACGCUACCCUCCGCGAUCAUUGCAGUGUCAAGGCGGCAUGGAGACAUGUUCUGUCUCUCUGUGUUUACACUGCCGCCAUACGACUUGCCAUUUCUGUUUACUAG